CUAAGAUUAUGAAUGAAGGAUGUUUGUAUUUAUUUGUAUGUGAUUUGGCACAAUAUAAUGUUUCUUUGUGUGUUUCAGAUGGAGAACUGUACACAGGAACCGUGGCAGACUACAGGGGAACUCGGCCUGUGAUUUCACGCCACUUGAGCGAAGGCAGCCAUGUUGAUCUGAAACUGGAUGAUACACUUGGCUGGUUAGAAGAUCCUACAUUCAUCAGCUCCACGUACGUUCCCAGUGAGGAGAAGGUUUAUUUCUUCUUUAGUGAGAUUGGAAAAGAAUAUGACUUCAUUGACAAGUUUACAGUGUCUCGCGUUGCCCAAGUUUGCACCAGUGAUGUGGGAGGCCAGCGUACUCUGCAAAAACGCUGGACCACCUUUGCCAAG